CCGGUCUCUGGGCGUGGGGAGUGAGGGAAGGAAGGAGCCUGAGCCGAUUCCCGGACCCACGAGCCCCCCGCACCCGUGGAAGCGGUGGAGGGCAGAGUGAAAAAUUCCCCCUCCGUACUGAGGCGUCCCGGUGCUGCGGCAGGCUGGCCCGCAGAUCCAGAUAAUAAAAAUGGGAACUCCUGGAUCAGGACGGAAGAGAACUCCAGUGAAGGACAGGUUUUCUGCAGAAGAUGAAGCUCUGAGUAACAUUGCCAGAGAGGCAGAAGCCAGACUUGCAGCCAAACGAGCAGCUCGAGCAGAAGCAAGAGAUAUACGUAUGAGAGAGCUGGAACGACAGCAAAAAGAGCUGGAAGAAAAGAGUGAAAAAUCACAUUCAGAAAUAUUUUCAAGGCCCUCAUCUCGCAAUUCAAUAAGUGCAACUCCUCUGAGUGGCAACUCGUCUAGAAGAGGAAGUGGAGAUGCAAGCAUUUUGGUGGAUCCUGAUGCCUCCCUCAGUGAAUUACGGGAUAUCUAUGAUCUUAAGGACCAGAUACACGAUGUAGAAGGGAGAUACAUGCAGGGACUUAAAGAACUAAAGGAUUCGCUAGCUGAAGUAGAAGAGAAGUACAAGAAAGCUAUGGUUUCCAAUGCUCAACUAGACAAUGAGAAAAACAACUUGGUUUACCAAGUGGAUACUUUAAAGGACGUUAUUGAGGAGAAAGAAGAACAGAUAGCAGAGUUCUAUAGGGAGAAUGAAGAGAAGUCAAAGGAAUUGGAAAGACAGAAACACACCUGCAAUGUUCUGCAGCAUAAGCUGGAUGAACUAAAAGAGGGCCUUCGACAGAGAGAUGAAUUGAUAGAGGAGAACCAACGUAUGCAGGAGAAUAUAGACUCCAUAACCAAAGAGGUGUUUGAUCUCCAGGAGACAAUUAAUUGGAAAGAUAAAAAAAUAGGGGCCCUAGAAAGACAGAAAGAUUACUUUGACUGCAUUAAGAAUGAGCGAGAUGAGCUCAGAGAGGAGUUGGCUGACCUGAAGGAAACAAUGAAGAGAGGAGAGAAACAUGGAUUAGUUAUAAUUCCAGAUGGCACACCAAAUGGUGAUGUAAACCACGAAUCGGUGGUUGGUGCAAUAACAGUUGUAUCACAAGAAGCUGCUCAAGUCCUGGAAUCUGCAGGAGAAGGACCACUAGAUAUCAGGCUACGAAAACUAGCUGGAGAAAAGGAGGAAUUAUUGUCCCAGGUUAGAAAACUGAAGAUGCAGUUAGAAGAAGAACGACAGAAGUAUUCUAAAAGUGAUGGCAUGAAUCCAGAUAUCAUAGGCUUAGAGAAUGGUUCUGACUUGCAGCUAAUUGAAUUGCAAAGAGAUGCCAACAGACAAAUUAGUGAAUACAAAUUUAAGCUUUCAAAAGCUGAACAAGAUAUAACUACUUUGGAACAAAAUAUUGGACGACUUGAGGGGCAGGUUGCAAGGUAUAAAAAUGCAGCAGAAAAUGCAGAAAAAGUAGAAGACGAACUCAAAGCUGAAAAGAGGAAGCUUCAGCGAGAGUUAAGAACAGCACUGGAUAAGAUAGAAGAGAUGGAGAUGACCAAUAGCCAUUUAAUGAAAAGGCUGGAGAAGAUGAAGGCAAAUAGGACUGCGCUUUUAUCUCAACAGUGAAGUUGGAAAUUGAAAAUACAAUGCACUGCGCCUUGAAAACUAGCCCCUAGGUUGUUUAUAAAUACAGACUUUCAUUGGCACAAACUAUUUAAACACUGAGCUGUUCACUGACGGUUUAGUUUCAUAAUUAAAUUACAUACUUUUUGUAACUUAUGAGAGAAAGAAAGUUAGUUUGAAUUCCUAUGUGAAUUACAGCAAUUUUUCGGUAGCAUUGGAUUCUAGAGUCAAAGAUGGAGCACAAUGCUGUAUGUUUGACUUAGCGAUAGAAAAUAUUUUUACAACUGUGGAAUCAAGUUUACUCACAAUCUCCCUUGGCUGCUUUAAUGAUGCUUGAUGCUCAGAGACAGCUGCAUGAAUUCAAGAAGACACUGUAUUACUGUACUACAAAACUAACAUGUAUUUGCUUAAGACAUCACACAGCACAAGUGCCUUUUAUCCGGUGCAAUUUAGACUUCAUUGUUGAAAUAGCCUUUGAAAACAGAUAGCAUUUUAUUUUAAGAUACAUUUGGGGUAUUCACUAAACUUUAUACAUUUUGAAAAUACAUUUUUGUAAAAUAUUUAAAUUUGUAAGAAAAAAUAGGGACUGUAUAUAAAAAUCUGCUUUUUUUGCAUGGGCACAUCUGAGUUCUAGGUAAUUUUGUCAAAUAAUAGCCCCUAAUACUCUUAGUAUUAAGAGCGCAGAUUUAAAAGCUUAUGUUGUACACCAUCAAAUUAUAUGUCAUCUGCUUAAGUGUGAAUUGAAAUUUUAUGGUGGGAGGAAGGGGGUGGGAAAUGUGGCUAAGGAAUUUAUUAAAUGGACACUUUACUGACCAAAA